CAUUGUUGCCGCCAGUCGCCAUCGCCACUCCAAAACCAAAAUUUAAAUUGCAAUGUGCAAUGUUUGAUUUGAUUUGAUUGCCGGUAAAUUUUAAUAUAUAUGAUAAAAAUAAAAUGAGUUGGAAUAAAUUAGUUUGUAAUGUCAGUGAGCUUCAACUAUGUGGUACACUUAACGGGGGUCAAAGCUUUAGAUGGGUACAUAAUGAAGAAAUAGACGAAUGGACAGGUGUUUUCUCUAAAACAGUUUGGAAAUUAAGACAAAGAGAAGAUAUGCUGCAAUAUAAAAUCGUUGGAUCCUUGUUACUGAAAGAUAUGACACAUAAUAAAAACAAAAUUGAUGUUAAAAUUACCAAAAAUUAUAUUUUUGAAGAGUUAUUGAAAAAGUAUUUUAGAUUAGAUUUCAACUUGAGUGAGUACUACACAAAAUGGUCUGAAAAGGACGAAUUGUUUAAGGAAGCGUGCAAACAGUUCUAUGGUAUUAGGAUGUUGGCUCAAGAGCCUGUGGAAAAUUUGUUUUCAUUCAUUUGCAGUCAAAAUAAUCACAUUUCACGGAUAUCAAGUCUGGUUGAAAAGUUAUGUAAACACUAUGGAGAAGAAAUAUGUGAAUUUGAUGGUGUAGCUUAUUAUUCAUUUCCUGAUGUUGAAAAUCUUUCAGAUCCUAAGGUUGAAUCAGAAUUAAGGCAGCUAGGUUUUGGUUACAGAGCUAAAUUUAUUCAAAAAUCUGCAGCACAAAUUGUGGAAUGGGAAGGACAAAAGUGGUUUGCAAGUUUGCAAGACAUGAAAUACAAAGAGGCCAGGCUUGAACUUAUGAAAUUAUGUGGAAUAGGACCAAAGGUAGCUGAUUGUAUAUGUCUGAUGUCAUUAAAUCACCUGGAAGCGUUGCCAGUGGACACACAUGUGUACCAGAUAGCUGCACAGAACUACCUGCCACAUUUGCGCGGCAAGAAAAAUGUCACCGACAAGAUGUAUAAUGAAAUCGGAGAUCAUUUCAGGAAUUUGUACGGAGAUCUAGCUGGUUGGGCACACACUGUAUUAUUUUGUGCAGAUUUGAAAAAAUUUCAACAGCCUAAUAUAUCUGAUGAUGACAAACCUAAGAGAAAGAGAAAAAAAUUGUAGUAAUGAACAUGUAAAAUGUAAAUAAAACUAAGAAAUCCAAUAUA